AUGACCACGAACACCCGCGUGUCGCUCCCCGCGUGUCUUAUCUGGAUCAAACCGUCGCAAGUCCGAUUUGCAUGGGCGUACGGCAGCCGGGCGCAAACGCGGAAGGGAAGACCGGCCGUGGUUACGUCGUAUUGCGUCCAAAAUGGCGAGAUAGUCGGGUUUUGGUUCGUACCGAUCACGAGCUCGCUGAACAUCCGUACGUGCAAUCACAGCGUCUGGAGGCCUGUUAACUGGGGUAAGGAGAAAAUCAAUACCCCGCCGCCCCUUAGACCUGGUGAUCUCUCCGUCAUCCUGCCGCUGAACCCGUAUCGGCCUAAGUUCCAUGCCCGCAUGUCGUAUAUCUACGUGGGGGACAUAGGGGAAUACAUAACGGUUGCCGACUGGUCCUCUAGGGUCAAAGCCCGUGUUAUGAGGGUCCUUGAUGACAACCUCAACUUGUCGGAGCAGGGCCUGAAACGGGCAUCCGAGACGGUGUACUGGAUAACCCGUUCAGAGGCGCGGCACACACCCGCGAGCUCACCGGAGAUGUUCUACAGUGACUACGAGCAGUUCCACUUGGCGACCUUCCACGCGGCGCAAGGCCGCCGGCGCUAUUCCUCCCCUCCAGGCUCCUGGCUCUCUCCUGGAACUCCCACCCUCGACAUUCGUUCUCUCCGGCUCGGGUCUGACAAAAUCAACUCGAAGUCCUACGGCUCCAGCGAUCCGUACACCAGCUCCACGACUGGGGACUUGCGCAACGGACCAGAAAUUACGAAGGAGAGGGACAAGGAGGAAGAGAAAGGGAAGGAGGGGCAAGGGUGCGGCGAGAGGAAGAAUGAGCUAGAAAGCUCGCGAAACAAAGGUACGCCCUCAACGGACGUACACCGCUCGCCGCCUCCAUCGUCAGUGCCCACGCAAACAGGUGUUUCAGCGAACAAGGAGUUCGCUGUGCACCCUGUUCGCCAUGAGAAAGGCACACAUGCGAAAUGGGACGACUUAACAGACAGCAGUAUGACGGACACGCGCUACUGCAUGUCCGGCGUACUGCACCUGUCUACGAUCGACCGUCGUGCAGGUGCCGCACCGCUCGACGCACGUGCUGGCGUGCCCAUCGCUGCACCUGGGGUACACCCAAGUGUACCCGGCACGGGUCACAGCUCCACGGAGUCUAUGCUCACGAACGAGGAAACCGAGGUGCCAUUACGGAGGCCCCGGUAG